CCCAGUAGGAAGUGCUUCCUUCCAGCUGCCCAUGUGCUGCCUCCCUGUAAUGUGUUCUCAGACGUCCAGCUCCAUCAUCUGGAGACACACACAGUAGGCCUGAGCAAGCACAGGCCCUUCCUGGUGCCAGGGAGACCUAUGGGAGUCCUCUGAUAGUCAACACGGAGAGAGAGCGAGCCAGGGAUCAUGAAAAGACUUGGAACCCUGCUCCUCUCUCUGUUGGGGUCUUGCUCACUCUCCUGAGAGCGCUCGGGAAGCUGCGUGUGUCCUCCUGCCCUCCUAGGUUCCCCGUGAACAGCAGUGGCCUCUGUGGUCCCCGGGCAAUAGAAGCCUCACUCUGGCUGCAGCCGCUUGCCCUGGGAAGAAGAGCUCACGGGAAUCCUGAGAACCUCAGAGAGAGCCCUGAUGCCCAGCUCCUCGCCCCACGACUCGGUCAUGCUGCUGAGGCAGAAGCACACGACGCUGAAAGUCAGGGAACCCGAAGACGAUAGCCCUCUGCCCAGGAGGCCCAACCUGCAGUGGAGGGCCCAGCAGCUGCUGCAGCUGGCCGAGGAGCUGCAGGCAGAGUGGCAGGAGGCCCAGCUCCUCGAGGACCUGGAGCAGCUCUGCUCCACCCACGUGCUGGGCGGGGCCACAGCCGGGUGGGCGGUGGAGAACGAAGCCCAGGCCGAGGCCGAGGCCGACCUGGAGAAGCCUGCCCCGCGAGGAGCAGAAAGGUCCCCGAAGGUGAAGGACAAGCACAGAGUGGCCCUCCGAGAACCCAAGAGUCACCAGGAAGAGCUGCCCAGGCAGCAAGCGCGACGCCCCAAGCCCCAGAGAAAAGCAGUGGGCUCCGAGAGGCAGGGGGCCACCAAACCCCGGGGUCUGGGUCCCACCGAGAAGAGCAAACGGAAUCGGCUGCCUUCCAGCAAGACCAGCAGCGGCCGCCAGCCCGUGACCCCUCGGGUGGGCAGAAUUGUGCAGCCACACCUGGCCUCGGGGGAAGAACUCAGGGGCCUGCAGGAGAAGCAGAGAGCCCGGGAGGGGAGGAGGAAGGCCGGGAAGGGCACCACCGUUCACUUUGCCAGAGGCCUGAGGAACAUCUCCGAGAAGCAGGGUCCCAGGGACAGACUGGAGGAGUUCCAGCAGCUGUGGCCAGCGAGCUCCACCCACAGGAGGGAAGCCGUGACCCCCUCGACUCCAGACAAGUGCAUCCCCAAGAACAGGUGGCAGAGAGAGCUGGAGUCGGCCUUCGAGCAGCUGUUUAACUCAAACAGGAAGCUCAAGAGGCACUUGAGUCAGCACCUCGACUCAAGGUCCAGGCUGGACCCUGACCCCCAGGAGCAGGUCUUUUCAGUCCUGCAGGAGUGCGAGAGUGACACCCCACAAGAGGGCGCGGCCGAGGUGGAGUCGCUGCCUGCUGGUGAGUCUGGGGAUCCUGCAGAGGCCGAGGUCUCCCCCAAGUCAUCCAAGACCGAUUUGAAACAAUCACUAAGCAGGGAGGAACUCCCCAGAUGCCACCAGAUGGCCCAGCCUGCAGUGAAGGACGGAAGUCAGACAUCGUUGGCCGAGGCGGAUGCGGCUAUCGACGAAGAGGACCUGCUCUUUAAGAGCACCGAGUGUGAGCAGGAGGCCUCCGAGCUGGCCACACUGAUGGACAGCUGCCCCCAGCCUCACCUGCCGGAGCAGGCGCACAGAGCAGACUGGACGGCCUUCGCCCAGAAGCCGCCGAGGCUGGAGCUGGAGUGGAGGAGGCAGAAGCCGUCUUUUGAGUCCGUGGAGCUCCCAGACAUGAGCUUGGAGAUCCACUACUCGGCCGAGCUGGAGGAGGAGCGGAAGGAGCGGAGGAGAUUGCGCCUGGCCCUCCUGAAGUCCUACCCCAGCAGUUACCAGAUAAGGGGCAGAGUGUCCCCGUCCCCGGUCAAGCUCACCUCCUCCUCGAACAGCAGCCUCAUCGAAGACGAGGGCAAGCAGAACCAGAUGAUCCGCGACAUUCAGCUGCAGAUUUCAGAGCAAAACAAGUUGCACGAGCAGUUUCUGGAAAAGGCCAGGAAGCGCUUGCUGGAGUUUCAGAGAAUAUGUUAAAAGGCGACGGUCCACCCUGCGAAAUACAGCACUGAUCACGGUU